CCGUCCAGUGACGUCAUGGCCAAGAUGGCGGCCUCCAUGGUGGACAGCGGCGAGGAUGCUUUUAGGAAAAUAUUCAAGUUUUACAGGAGAAGAAACCCUCCUCCCGAUCUGACCGGAGUCACGGACUUCUCCGGAGGAGAACCGGGGGACAGAGUGGUUCCAGCUGAGCUGGACUUGGCAGCAGUGAGUGAUGUGGAAGCUUCCAGAGUCGGACUGAAGCCCGUCAGAGAAUGGAGAGCUUUCGGCCUGCAGGGAUAUCCAGGGUUCAUCUUCAUCUCCAACCCUUUCCUGCGGGGCUGCCAGGCCUUCUGGGUCAGACAGUGUCUGAAGACGUAUCCACAAAAACCAAACAUCUGCAACCUGGACAUGCACAUGAAUCCUUCUGAGACCCAGGACAUCUGGGGACAGAGCGCACCGACCCUCAGUUCACCCGUCAGUGCACAGAGGAAACCGAAGACUCUGCUGGAGAAGCUGCGCUGGGUCACGCUGGGAUAUCACUACAACUGGGACAGCAAGACCUACUCCUCCAGCAGCCACACUCCGUUCCCCUCCGACCUGCACUCGCUGUCGUCCCGGGUGUCGGCGGCCUGCGGCUUCCCGGGGUUCCAGUCGGAGGCCGCGAUCCUGAACUUCUACCGGCCGGACUCGUGUCUGGGGAUCCACGUGGACGAGUCGGAGCUGGACCACACCCGCCCGCUGCUGUCCUUCAGCUUCGGGCAGUCUGCCAUCUUCCUGCUGGGGGGCCGCCGCCGGCAGGACCCGCCCACCGCCAUGUACAUGCACAGCGGGGACGUGAUGGUGAUGUCGGGUCAGAGCCGCCUGCUGUACCACGCCGUGCCUUGCAUCCUCCCCGCCGCCGCCGGGCGCUCUGCUCUGGAGGCGGAGGGCCCCGUCCCGGACCCGGACCCGGACCCGGACCGGGACCUGCGGGACGGCGCCCUGCCGGAGCCGGUGAGCCAGGAGGACUGGACCGUGUGCCGCAGGUACAUCCAGACCUCCAGGGUCAACGUGACCGUUCGACAGGUGCUGGAACCCGGACAGAGUCUCCCAGAGACACGGGCCUGCAGCCCCCAGGGAACCGCCGCCGCCGCCGCCGCCGAUCGGCGCAGCGAGAAGAGGAAGAGGAGCAGCGGGAGCACGGACUCUGUCCACACCUCACACACAUGAAACACGUUAAACAAAAAUCCCUCGGACUCCAGAGACACUCAGGUCUGACAGAGGUUUUACUUUGUCGCUUGUCGACUGAAAGCAGGUCUGAAUGAUCAAGUAGAGACAAUGCUGAUGUUUCUCCUCGUGUAAGGAGGUCAUCGAUCUGAGACUGAAGCGUCAUGAGGAACACACACACACACACACACACACACACACACACACACACACACACACACACACACACACACACUCACCUCCAACAGGAGGCAUGUCCUCUGUGUGAACUGAAAUAAAAUCGA